UUUUAUAUUCCUAAUUGUAAACCCGUUAAUGGCCAGUCCCAUAUCUUUCUACAUAAGUUUUGUGUAUAGUGCCCCUCCCUGUCAACCUCUUGGUUAUGCGGGAAGGUCACUAUGACCAAUGCGAACGAACACGCACAGGGACCAUCUAAGUCAGAUCGUAAGCCCGGCUCAGCGCGAUUUCACGGACUUCAUCCCGUUCUCUGUAUAAAGUUUGCUGCUACUAAAUUUAGGCUAGUAGGCUAGUAAGCUUAGGUGAGCUGCCCCGGUGCAAGUACAGCACACUCCCUAUUUUCCAGAUAGAUACCUACCGGAGCUGUAGGCACACUCACUUCCCGUCGCGCUCCACAAGACUAACGGUUGCCAUCGCUGAACCGCCGACUCUAAGUAUUGAGUAUUAAGUAGACUACCAAAUCUACUCAUGAAUGGCGGAGCUGUAAGGCAGGCUCACUUCCCGAUGCCGAAUGAACGGCGUCUCUCCAUAUCUCCGAACGCCCCCGCCACACACCACCGGAGCAGGCGAACGUGGUCAUUCCUUGCAGCUAACCACAAACCCCGGCGAGUCCCCCAGAGACGCUCGUGAAGGCGUAUGUCUGGCGGAGGGCUCGGCCCUUCGCCUGCCGUACCCUGGUCUUGCUGUCGAGCCCGUAGUCUCUCCGGAAAACUCUAUCUCUCGGUUAAGUAUGGACAUUGGUACGACUUCGGUAAAAGUAUGCGUCUACGAUCCUGUCACUAAGGAGCUCGUAGCUAAACAAAACAAGGAUACGGCGGCUAACAUUCCAAGUGAUCAAGGAAUAGAAGGGAACAAGCAGGAUGUUCCGAAAAUAGUUUCAGCGGUGCAUUACUGUGUGUCACGUCUUCCUCGUGAUAUACUACGACAUGUGACAAAGAUUGGAGUGUGUGGGCAAAUGCAAGGAGUUGUUUUGUGGAAAAAUGGAGCUUGGGAAAAAAUAGAAAAAGAAGGUGUUGUAAUGAGAUUUGAGGGUAUCCGAGAAAACAUGUCAGCUUUAUACACAUGGCAAGACACUAGAUGUAAACCAGAAUUUUUGGAAUCACUCCCAAAACCCAACUCUCUUCAAAAAUGCUACUCAGGAUACGGAUGUACAACUCUCUUGUGGAUGUUGAAGCACAAGCCUGAUAAAUUAAAGAAUUUUAGCUUUUCAGCUACUGUCCAGGAUUUCGUGGUAGCUAUGCUAUGCAACUUGGAGACCCCAAUAACGUCGGAUCAAAACGCAGCCAGCUGGGGUUAUUUCAACACUGAGAUAAAUGAGUGGAACAUUGAUAUUUUAAAAUCUAUUGAUUUCCCAGUGAAUCUCUUGCCUAAAGUUGUUAAAAGUGGGGAAUUUGCUGGAAAACUAAGUGCAUCUUGGAAUGGGAUUCCUGAAGGGACCCCAGUAGGCGCGGCAUUGGGAGACUUGCAAUGUUCUAUACUUGCUACUCUCGAAAACGAGCAGGAUGCCGUACUUAACAUAUCAACAUCUGCCCAACUUGCUAUCGUAGUUAAGAGCGUUUCGGAUUUAGGCUGCAGCACAAUUGAGCACUUGCCCUAUUUUAAUAACACUUAUUUAGUGGUGGCAGCUUCGUUGAACGGUGGCAACGUUCUGGCCACAUUUGUGAAGAUGCUUCAACAGUGGAUGCUGGAUUUGGGCUGUCCAAUUCCUCAGUCAAAAGUAUGGGAGAAAUUGAUCUCCCUGGGUUUGGCUGCACCGACAACAUCACCUAUGAAAAUAAAACCUCAUUUGCUGGGUGAAAGACAUGACCCAACCGCCAAAGCCUCGGUGGAAAACAUCGAUUUGUCCAACAUUCAAUUGGGACCAGUUUUCAAAUCACUGUGUGAUAGCUUGAUAGAGAAUUUACACUUCAUGAUGCCUAAAGAAAUUUUGCGUAGCGCAAAUAUAAAGAGAAUUGUGGGAAAUGGUUCUGGGUUAUCCAGAAACGUAGUCUUGCAAAGGGCUGUGGAGCAUUAUUACAGUUUGCCUCUUGAGUUUACUUCGGGAGGCGACGCCGCGAAGGGUGCUGCUAUAGCUGUUUUGGAGACUGUUGAGAUAGAUGAUUAGAAAGAUGGAAAUAAUAAAUUUUCCACACUCCAAAAUAAACCUAUGUAAUGAUAACCAACCAGUAUCAGCAAACGCACACAUUGGUAAACUAAUCAUUACUUACAUUUUAAUAUAGAAGUAUUAUUUACACAGGGUAGGCAGGUAGGGUAUAGCAGAUAGAAAGUAGGACAAUAUUGAAAAUAUAGUAAAAAAUGUUGCUGUACUGUUUAUAUUAUUGUUUGUAAGAAAUUAGUAAAACGGUUUAUACGUUUUUGUUACGCAGAACGGAAUAAAUAUACUAUCGUUAUUAGUAAUUUUAGGAUCAAGUACUUCCAGCAACAGUAAGUAUUACUAAUUACUUUACUACUAAAGUAAUUUUUGAUACCGGUAGGUACCUAAUCAAAGAAUGAAAUUGUGAUUUUUACAGCAGCUGAGUAGAUGGUGCUUGCCGUUUUAAGGAAAUAAGACAUGAAAGGGUUUACUUUGUAACUACAUUAUAUCAUAGUGAUCGAAAUUGAGUGAUUUAAAUAACCUAAAAUUUGAGUAACGUAAAUAAGAAUGUGGACAUUCCCUUCUAGAAAUCCCGGAACUUUUCGGAACUGAUUAUCGUUGAAUAUACGUAUUAUAACUAAUAUAUAACUGCCUCUGUAGCCGAACAGUAAUCAUGCCGGACUGCCACACAGAGGUCCCACGAUCGAUUCCCGGGCCGGGAGAAAUAUUUGUA